CAGUCAGGCAAAAAAAAAAAAAAAAAAGCCAAAGAAACACAGUGUGUUCCUUCGCCACGCAGUCUGCGACACCGAGGGCUUACCGAGAGAGGAGAUAUGGGUUUUGUUUCUAGCAUUUGUGUCUUGGUUUGGAUACGGCUCAUAGCGGCGCAGGUGCCGCCGCCAACCAACGUGACCCUCCACUGCCGGAAUCUGUCGAACAUCCUGGAGUGGACUUACGAGAAACCUCCUCCGGGACUGAAAUUCAGUGUGAACUACAGCUCAUUAGAUGAUCCCCCUUCUGUGCUGUGGGUUGAACCGCCGACUCUGCAAGCCGAUGUGUCAUUUCUGUCCAAUCCAAACACCGACUACUAUCUUGUUGUAACUGCUGUGCUUGGGCAGAAUGAAACCAGUAGCGACGGUAUUGAUUUUAGCUAUUUCAAGGACUCUCAAGCAACACAGAAAUGUUCUUUGGACUUCCCACCAGUUAAUGUCACCACUGCAUCAGAAGAUGUAAUCCUGAUCAGCUUCGAUCAUCCCUGGCUGCUUUACCACAAAAACGUGGCUGAGUGGUCGAGUCCAACGUCUAAGAAGGUGAAAAGGCAUGAAGCAGGAGUCCCUAAUAAAAAGUUGCCCAAAUUUGAAUGCAAGGUGGUCAUCAUCAACCAGUCACAUGACACAACCCAUGACUGCAGCUGUAAGGAGAGUGUGUGUGAGACGAAGUUUCGAGUGGAGGCUAAGCAGGAGACGUACUGUGUAAAGAUGACAGGAGAGCUGAAGAAGAUGCAGGUUGUAGCCAUGGAAGAGUACUGCACCUUGCCAAAUACAACACCUAUCCAUCUCCCAUCGGUUCCAGAUAACACCCUCAUGUAUGUCGGGAUAGGCCUGGCAUCUUUCGUUGCAUUUGCUUUCAUCCUCUACAUGGUGUACAUACAGAAGACCAAAUCCUCAACUUCUCUUCCAUCUUCUAUGUCUGAAUUUAGGCAGGCGAGCCCAUGGACUAUGGGAGUAAACAAAGACCCAAUCCUUGUGCCACAAGUGGAGCCUUCCUCACCCACACCUCUACUGCCAGAAAAAGAAGUGGAUGAAUUAACGCCUGUUGACAUUCCCAAGAACGAAUACGAUGUCCGAAUGCGCAUCGGUGUGUCGACCGAGACAGAUGAAGGAGUGGGUGAUGAGGUAGGGCAGCAGAAGGAUGACUAUAUGCAAGGGACCAACUUGGAUGAAGAUGGCUCAGAGACUGAAACCUACUUUGAAGACCGUUCAAGUUAUGAGAGGCGUCAAAUUGUUGUUGAGUUGGCACCAGGUGAACAGGCAGAGGGCUACCGUGGCUAAAAAAAAAAGGCAGGCUGCUUUUGAGUGCUAUAGCACAUUGAUUAUUUGCACACCGGCCCAUGGCAGGGGAUACAAUGAGGCUCCCACAGUCUCUGCCAUCAUCAACUACUAACUAGUCCUGGUUACAUGUUUCAACUAGUUUAGUUUCACUUGAUGUUACCUUUCAUUGUAUUCAGGUGGCAGAUGAUUUUACUUCAGCGUUAUUGCCAAGUUGAUUUCCCCCAUAGGGUAAUUGUUGUCUAGAAAAUGAACAAAUCAUUGCAUGAAUGCCAGACAUGUUGUUUUGACUGUUGCACUUCUCUUACUUCUUCAAAGUAUAGGCCAAGGUUGUUUACAUUUCAGUUUAUUAUUUUGGAUAAAUUGACAUUGAAAAAAAAAAAAGGUAAUAGUUGCCCUUACUUUUUUUUUGUAACAUUUUUAAAAUACAAAGACUAGACUGUCCCCACCUCUACAUGGCAAAAUAAACACAACAGCUAGAAGAAGAAAGAAAAUAUUGCACUUAGAAAAUGCCCCUUUCUUUAUAAGUACUCAACGGUCGUAACGACUAGAAAAGUCCUACAGUCCAUUUAUCAUUUACUUUUUUAUUGUGCCUUCAUGAAGAGAAAAUGCUUUACUGUAUACUAACCUUGUAUUUACAAGAUCUUUGCCAUUAACCCAAUCAAUUAAAUGCAUUAAUGGUGAUUAAAAUAUGCAAAUUGCUGCCUCUCCAGAAGGAGAGUUGUAGACAAGACAUUAACAAUGGAGUGAUAGAGGAGUAAAAGGGAGGUUAGUUAAAAUACCCAGCGAAUUCACUGGAUAAUACCUGAGUGGUGGAGAAUAGAUGAGGCUCUUGAAAAGCAAGUGAAUCCUUCAAAAGGACUCAAAGACAAGGCAGUUUCAUUUAUGAAGCAAGUUUUAUACAGAGGUUGAGUCAAGAUGCUGCACAGAGAGGUUAAAGCAACAUAACUCAGUUUAUUCAGGCCGUUCUUUUGGUUUUGGUCAAAACUUGCAGCUGAAUUUUGAAUAAGUUGCAGGUGUCUGAUCAAUUUUGCUUUUAUAUGGCUACAAAAACUUAAAAAGAGGGACUGACAUGUCCUUCAUCUCUUGUAAUGCAUUGUAUAAAUAAUAACCAGUUGUAAUAUUUACACAGUUUAUCUUUAAUAUUCAUCUACCAUCGUAUCUGUUAGCAUCUGCAUAUGCACACAAGCAUAACAAUACAGUUACAGAGUGUAGAGGUCAAUAUAUAGUUCACUGCUUUAUACUAUUUCAUGAAUAUUGCAUUCGUCCUCUUGCUUAUUUUACACGACUGUGUAAUUCAGACCCUUGAAUUUCUGAUUGGGGUUGUCGCACCUUAAAGUACAAGUGUGUAAGAUUUUAGUGGUAUAUAGUGGUGAGGUUGCAGAUUGCAACAAACUGAUUGAACCCCCACCCCCCAAUCUCCAAGUUUGUAUAAGUAUUUAUCUUGGCUGUAUAACUCAGGGAAAGGGCUUUUAUAGAGCCAAUGUUUGGUUUGUCCGUUCUGGCAGUGCAACAUGGUGGGCUCCAUGGAAGAAGACCCGCCCCCUAUGUAGAUAUAUAAAGGGCUCAUUCUAAGCCGAUUAUGCAUUAAUCAGUUAACUAAUUAAUUUAUGCCAAGUCUGUUCUGCUAGAUACCACAACAUUCUUCACACUGCACCUUUAAAGUUUCAGUAAAACUUGUAUCCUGCGAUGUACUGUUCUAGAGAGCUGCUUCCCUCCACCCACACUUCCCUGAUCUGCAUUGUUACAUAAGUGGUCGGAGGAUGGAGACGAAAUGAUAAAACUAGACUUCGAGCACGUUCUCUGGAAAUGUGAAAAAAGUUUUGGUUUACAAGCCACGAGCGAGUAGUCCAAGAGUUGCUGUAUACAACAAUGUUUAUACAGGUAUCAUUGAUGUAGAUAUUUGUUUGUGUUAUUAAACUCAUAAAUACACUUGACGCUGAUUUAAAAUGCUUAAAAAACAGGCAAAUGUUGCUUUUACUUGAGUUAUUUCAAAGAAAAUUUCAAAUACCCAAUUACCAGUUGAUUGUUCCUGUGCUCAGAUUUCAAUGUGUGAAAAUUUUACUUAAUGUUAGUUACUGUUUGUAAAAGCAGGUAAUCACUUUUUUUUGGUAUAGUUUUGUUACUGCUAAAGCUGUUCAUUGUCCUGUGUCAACAUCUAUCUGUGCAUCUGUCCCUUAUUACUGUUUUGAUUUUUGUUUAUGUAACAGUUUCAAUAAAAUUCAGUUCAUAUCCUGUUUCAAUCAAUGAUGUGAA